AUUCAACAUGGCAACCACCUCCACUCGGCAACCUUAGUGCUUCGUGCUUUUGUUCCCUGGUUUCAUGCACUCUCAGGUCCCGACCUGUCUGUCGUGUGACAGACUUACGUGUCAACCCGCCGGGGUCUACCAUCCGGGAGCGGUUCCGCUUCAUGCCAAUAUGACCCUUCAAAAGGACUAGCCGAUUCCUAUACCCCUUGCCAUGCCCCCAAUCGACUCGAGGAUCCACCCUUUGCCGCCAGAUGUAGUGGCAAAGAUCAAGUCCUCAACGGCCAUCACUCACCUCAAUGGAGUCAUUGUGGAGCUAGUCAAGAAUGCCUUGGAUGCACAUGCCCGCACCCUCUAUGUCACGGUCGAUUUUCUGCGUGGCGGAUGCGUCGUCGAGGAUGACGGAGAUGGGAUUCCGCCAUCUGAAUUCGAACUAGGCGGAGGGCUAGCGAAGGCACACCAUACUUCGAAAUCCCAUUCGAAUCACGACGUACUCAGUCGCAGAGGGCUCUUCUUAGCCUCACUUUCUGCACUUUCCCUGCUUACUAUCACUUCUCAUCAUCUCCAUCAUCCGAGUACAAACACGGUCACCUUCCAUCACUCGACGCCUGUUGCCAGGUUGAUGCCAGCCCCAGUAUACCAGGAGCUGAGGUUCAGCGCCCAUGGGACCAGUGUCACGGUGAACGACCUAUUCGGGAACAUGCCUGUGCGUGUAAAAAGUCGGGCUGUGGCGCUCCAGCGGCCGGAUGAACUGGAACGGCAGUGGGGGGAGCUCAGGCAACUUUUGGUAUCUUUGAUGAUCGCUAAUGACCAAAUGGCCAAAUUGGUGGUCUCCGUCGGUAGAGAGAGAAGACUUACGGUUUGCCCCCGAACACGGGGACGAGUGAGUAGCGAUGAGCUGGACCUCCAUCGCAUCAGCUCCAUCCUAGCCCAGGCGGGGCUGGCUGAUCAUCAGAAUACCAGCAGUUGGGAUGCUGUGUCAGCCAACGUUUCUGACUUUUCGAUCCAUGCUGCUCUUUCACUGACGCCCUGUCCCACCAAGAAGGUUCAAUUUGUUUCUAUGGGUCCAGAUCCGGUGUUUUCCAGGAGCAAUGCGAAUCUCAUCUAUAGCGAAGUCAAUCGCUUGUUCGCUCUGUCCGAUUUUGGAACUGCGGGAGGGUUUUCGACCUUAGCGGGAAGUGGUAUGCCAUUCAAGGAUGAUUAUGGCCAUGGUUUGCAGGCUAUAUCUACGUCCAAAGCGGUUAACAAGUGGCCUAUGUUUUACAUACGUAUCAAUACUCAAGAUCCCCGGGGCAUCGAUGGCGAUGCACAAGACUUGCCAGAAUCGGAAAGGUCGCUUCAGCGUAUCAUCGACGUUCUUUCUGCCAUGAUCAAUGAGUUCCUGAGGCAAGGUGGUCUACGCCCGCGUUCUAGGAAGAGGAAACGAGAGGCACCGAAAAUAUCGAAACCAAACACGAGUUCCCACAGUUCUAUGACUGGAAGGUCUUCAAACACGAAGAAUCACCUUUCUAGCACGGAAGAUGUCUUUCGUGGGAAAUUAAAACUCCCUUCCCUUCGGAGACCCUCCAAUGUCAGUCAUCAUUUUGGGAACUGGUCCAGGAUCAAAAGUGCCAAAAACGAUCCGUUCACCAAACGUUCGCCCCUACGUGCAGCGGAACCUAAGUUGACGGUCCCCUCGGAAAUUGCUCCUGUAACGCCCGUCAAAACUUCUCCGUUGCAGCAGUCCGAACCAAUGUCCGGAGUUCGUCACACUAAGGGCUCUCCUACCGAACACCCAGACCUUCUGCCGCAGGAUGCAGAUCAAUCCAUUGCGACUGACAACCAAGAUGCGACACAGGCUGACACCAUGGUGCCAUGGGUUGAUCCCUAUACUGGGAGGAGCCACAUGGUCAAUUCCAGAACCGGGCAGUCAAUGCUCCUCGAACCUUCGGCGGUGUCAGCUUUGGAGAGGCCCCAUUCAACCGGUGCUCUGUUAGGACCAACGAUGGCUGCGAAUGGCGUGAAGCGGCCAAGGUCGGCUGCUUCGGGUAAAUCCCAAAACGAAUGGGUCGAAAACAUUUUGAACAAUUGGAAAAAUCCCAUUUUUGAACGCCCUGAGAAGCCUAUUGGCAUUAUAGACAUCAGUGCAGGUCAUGAUGCAGCAGGCCGCCCUGGAUCUAGUUCCAAUGACAGAUCAGGUGAGCUCUUCGGAGUGGAUAGUUUGGGAGUGUCGAAGUUCAAGGGCAAGCUACAAAAGCAGGGCCUAAGAGAUGCAAAAAUCAUUGCCCAGGUGGACCAGAAAUUCAUCUUGGCGAAGAUGCGGGCGGUGUCCAGUAGUCCCGGUGAUCCUGGUUCAAGUCUGGUCUUGAUCGACCAGCACGCCGCUGACGAGCGAUGCCGGGUCGAGGCGCUUCUGGCAGGGUUGUUCGCGUCCAGCGGUGACCCUGGACGCAUCCAAACCAUCAAUCUGGAACCAAUCAUUUUUGAGAUACCAACCCCGGAGGCGUCCCUUUUUGGACAGUAUAAGAAGUUCUUUGCAUUUUGGGGCAUAGAAUAUACCGUGGAACAGGGGCCCAAAGACGUCAACGCCUUUAUUUUCGUACGCACGCUCCCAGCCCUCAUUGCAGAGCGUUGCCGGACCGAGGCCGGUUUGGUGACCGAUCUCAUUCGCGGAGAGAUCUGGAGACGCGAAGAAGAAAAUGGCCAGGGCCGUUCAGUCGAUCUGGACGACCGGGUGGACCCUGACAAAAACGGCUGGGUAGAGCGACUGGAUGGAUGUCCUCGAGGGAUCAUUGACCUGCUGAAUUCUCGUGCGUGUCGCACGGCAAUCAUGUUCAAUGAUGCCCUGGGCGUGGAUGAAUGCCAGAGCUUGGUCGGCCGAGUGGCGGACUGUGUCUUUCCCUUCCAGUGCGCGCACGGUCGGCCUUCGAUGAUCCCUAUCUUGGAUAUGGGCGGUGCUUUGGAUCAAGAUCCCUCGUCCGAGUAUGACGAGUAUGACGGUCCCGGGUUCAUCGACGCAUUCAAAUCCUGGCAGGAUACACAGGUGGAUUGAUUCAACCGUACAAAUUAUUUCUGGCACUUAGGACCAACCACAACUACAGUAUAUGAUUUUACAGUUACUGUUAUGUUAUAUUAUGUUAUGUCACUGUAUAGUCAGAUUACCAUGCAUGAACAGAGAGCGAAAUGGAACAAGAUCAGAGUGAUCAAUUAGUCAGUC